UUGGAACGAGAUCAUUACAAACAAUGCUUUUCCCUAUCAUAUUUGGAACAUAUUGCAGGCACAACUGCUGCUAACCCAUGGAUGAUGUUUAAUGACACCAAAAUUGAGAAAACAAGUGAACUUUCCCGAGCUCUGGGUACUCCAGCUCCACCUUGUUGUUCGGAUGCAAUCAGUAGUAUUGCUUGUCGACGACUACAAUCAGCUAAUCCCACCAAAUUCUUGCAAAGAUGUAAGGGUGAUGCUGACUUCUCUUUGAUCCAAUGCUGCAACACUUGUGGUUUAGAAAGUGCAGCUGACCGCUAUGAAGUUAUUUUCCAACAGGGAGAUCAAUCAAAGCAUUGUUUUGACAGACACAGCUCAGACUUCUGCGCUCGUUUCCUUAAGAGAGAGGAUGUCUGGGGAAAGUCUCAAUGGUCUUGCGACGGCCAAUUCGCUAGCUUAGCUUUCAGAAUUUGUCGAAAGACAUGUAACUACUGUCGUCCAGAUAUCUAUAGAAAUCCAUUAGGACGUUACAGCCCAACACCAUGCGGAAAGCCAGCUGAACUCAUUCCAUUCUAG